UACUAACGUUGCAGAAAUGUCACAACUUUUACUUAUAUAUGUCGAUUUAUAGUUAUUUAGAAAUUAAAAAGUUCAAAUAUGUCAUAUGUCAAAAAUGGAUAAUGAAAAUGAUAAUCACAAUACAGACAAUAAUCCAACGAAUAGAGAUGUACAAACGGAGGAAGAUAACGAUGAUAUAUCGAUUACAUCUAAAGAAAUCAUGACUUAUAAGUUAGAUGUAAGCCCAAAUGGCGUCGACCCCGUUUAUAAUAACUGUUCUCCGAGAUUCUCAAGAGAGGGACCAAGUGCUCUCCCAGAAUCUCCAGUCGUGUUUACCCAACCUCUGCGCAUAUUUUCGAACGUACCAUCACCAAUGUCGUUAAACAUGCCGACGUCCUCGCAGCCCCAAUCUUUAUUCUUGCAGGCUUUAGCCAAAUUAAACACGAGCUCUAUAAGUUUAGCAUUCAAAAAUAUCGAUGACAAACUAAGAUUCAAUAACGAUUCAGCUCUUAAUAAAGAACUAUCACCGCCCGAUUCUUUGACUAGCGCGCCGCCGUCCUAUUCAUUUGUACUGCGGCAAAUGGCUGCAAGGAGAAGGCCUAGAUUGAUGGGAACUUUCUAUCCAUCACCGUCCUUCGUGCAGCACACACCUCCUCCGAACUACGCUACGGCUUUCGAUAUCUACGUUGAUAAUCCCAUUACGCAACCACCACCUAGGAUAUAUAAUUUUGGAUUUACGCCAAUGCCUAUCGUCUGCCCUCAAUGUGGACACACGGGGAUGACAGUGGUUACCUGUAAAAUAACGUUGUGUACCCAUUUAUGUGCAAUGUCGUUAUGUUUGAUGUGUUGUUGGAUAUGUGCGCCCCUGCCAUACGUCCUACGAUCAUGCAAAGAUGUUUAUCACUACUGCAGGAAUUGUCGCAGUUAUCUUGGAAUGUACUGCCCCACCAGUCCAGAUAGUGCUUAUACUUGAUUUUUUUUAUAAUAUGUAAAAGCUUAAAAUAAAUUUGUCUAUUAAAUU